CUCGUUUUUCUUUCCUUUUUGACUAGUACGUUGUGUCGAACACAUUGUACUAGGCCAGCCCUGGUCUGGUGUCACGUAGUGACCGUCGGAGGCGAAGCGAACAAUAGUUUCCAAACCUCCACGUCGCCAACGAGUCACCAUGAUGCAGCAGGCUUGCGGCCGGCCCGGGACACCGGGUGCUCCGGUGCGGUCCAGCAAAAGAGCCAGUAACAACUCUCGAAGGAAGCAUUUCAACAACAAUAGGAAAAUCCACUCAAACCAUCAUCAUGGAAAGAAGAUGUCCCAAGCACUGGCUGAAUGUAAUAAGAUUGCUGCACCGGCUAAAGAAAUCCAAGAAGAGAAGAAAUUAGAACAACCUGUGGAUGUAAUGGAUUGUGAAGUAACUGCUGUUGAUAAUGAUACUGAUAAGGCAUUGAAUUGUAUGGAAACUCUGGAAGCCCAGCUGUUGGAAGCGCUGGCGCUUGAAUCCAAAUAUCAGCCCAAUUUAUAUCUACCUGUUGGCACGGAGGAAUUUGGUGAGAUCACAGCUGGAACCAGAGAUGGUGCUGCUCAUGUCCUGCGUUGCCUUAAAGUAUGGUAUGAUAUGCCAUCAGAAGUACUCUUUGCUGCCAUCAAUUUAGUUGAUCGAUUUCUUACAAAAAUGAAGGUCAAACCCAAGCACAUGGCCUGCAUCAGUGUAGGUUCAUUAUAUCUAGCCAAUCAACAACUAUCAUUACCUGCAAUGGAUCCUGAAGAUUUAGUACUUAUUUCACAAUGCAGAUGCACUGCUGGUGAUUUGACUCGUAUGGCUACAAUUGUUGCCGACAAACUAGGUGCCCAACCUGGUUGUCCACCAAUUACAGCUUUGACCUUCUUGCGUCCAUUACAUGCCAUGUUUAAGCAAAGGGCUCUGGAAUUGGGGGUACUAGAGCCUUUCCAAAAAGUUGUUACUGAGGAAGAUUUGAUAAUGCGCCUAGAAAUAGUAGCUUGUGAUUCAACUUGUGCAAAUGUAAGACCAUGUGAGCUGGCUCUUGUUUUAUUAUGCACCCAACUUGAUAGCUGUGUGUCUCAAUUGGAAUCUCAUACUGCUCAAACGAUGCUUAAAUUGGUUGAUUUUGCUAUUCAUAUGCAGAAACAGUGCAGGAUUCCUGACUCCAGCUUCUUCAGUUGUCACGGUUGUGUUGUCAACAUACUGUCGAGGUAUAACAAUCAAGAUAAAAGUCCACACAGGCAAAGACUUGUUUGGAAAUUAUCUUCGCGCACAUUGAAACUUCUUCGACCAACAGAUCGUCUUACAUCACUUCUGCCCACUAUUGAUGAAAAUGGAUGUCUACCAAGGCUUAGAACUGGCAGUGUGAGUUCUGUGGACAGUGAAGAUACUGAAGAUUGGCCCACCAGUCCUCUUGUUCCCGUUUGUGAGCAAUGUUAAUAGAAUUAUUUUGCAAAAUAGAUAUUUAUAUUACAUAAUCAUAUUCACAAAAUCUAUCUGACCAAAGGAGAAUAAUCACUGAAAUUUAAAAAUAUCUAGUAUAAUUUAAGUUGUUGGUAAAUACCAACGAACUCUCGAAAUAUUUUUUAAAUAUUUUGUUUAAAGAAUAAUUUACUAUAGUGAUUAAUGGGCAUAUCUUUUUGUGAUCUUUAUUCAGCACAGAUAGUGAUUAAAAGUGCUGAUGUUUUUUUAAAAAUUUAACUCUUAUUUUAUAAGUGAGUAUGUGUUUAUUUUUUUAUAAAAAGGAGUAAUUCUUAUUUGACGAUGUUUACUAUCUGUCUUAGAAGUUUUAAUGUAUGUUUGAAGAGUUAAUUAAAUCAAUUAAUUUUAGUUAUAAAAACAUAAAUAUCUUUAUCUGAAUACCAUCUUAAUGUAACAUCAAGCAAAUUCUAUGAUCUCAUUUAAAACUAAGUUUUUUUUACUUGGUCUAUUUUCCUUGGGCCGAGAGCGCACAUUAAUGUUUGUUGAGAUAAUAGUUUUGGUGGUUUCCAGAUAUUGAUAUUUAUUAAAUGAAAAUUAUACUUGUUCAUAUAAGUAACUGCCAUGUGCCAUUGAAAAAGCACAGGCUUUUACUUUAGUACACUUGUAUUAUUAAAAAGUAUAUAAUGUAUAAAAACAAAAAAGUACAAAAUAACAUAA